AUGCAACAACGUCUUCGAACCAAACAUAUCACGGAUCAUACAUUCCCCUUGAAUACAGUUGGAUUAAGGUUUCCUGGUUCGAUUAAAACCAGGACUGGUGGUAUGGAGAUACUGGAGGAACGAGACUUUUUUAAAGAGAUAUUGAAAUUCCACAAGAAGAAUCGGGACAGGUCAACUGGCCUCAAAGCACUGCAAAUUCAAACAAGCUCAUCUAGAUGGAAAAGAAAGCAUAUAAGGGAUUGCCCAAUUCGGGGCCUUUUGUAUGCAAGGAACAGGCAACGGUUGCACGAACCAGAGGGCAAAUCACCAACCAAGGAAGUUAUACUAAACAAAGGUGGGUCAAGAAAAUGUGUUUCUUCAAUGGACACCUUUAGAGAUAGACUUCCAAAAUCAAAAAGAGGGAAAGUUGUGUCCAAGGGGUUUAAACGUAAGAAGUUCGUAUCAAUAGUAAAUAAGCCCAAACAAGGCACUAUGGGAGGCAAACAGCAUCGAUCAUGGUCUGGAAGAAAAGGAGCAGUUGUACCCAAGGAUCUCAAGAGUUUGAGCAAGGGAUCAAUAAGCUCUGAACUAGGACUACACCCUAGAGGUGACAAGGGCUUGACUUCAAAGGAGGUCCUAGUAAGAAAUGUUGGGUCAAGACAACCUAACAUUUUUUUAAUUCCUAGAAGUAAAAAUAAAAUGGGACUGUAUCCAGAAGUGCAUAGAGAGAUGUUAUUCAAAGAGAUUUCACCUACAAAUUAUACGUCGUCUGAUGUCUUCUCCAGCACUUCAAAGAACACAUGGUUAGAUGAAGAGGGAGUAGACAGGAUGAUGAAUACAAGUGGUCAACACUCAAGUUUCAGUGACCCUCAAUUUCAAACAGAUGGCAGUGGGAGCUCACCAGUCAUUUCUGAUUAUAACCAAGAAUGGGAUAAUUCCAACAACAUUCAGAAAGUUUUCCAAAGCAUAACAAGCUCGACAGACUUAUUGCAGAUACCUACCAACAAUCCAGAAGGGAUUAUCUCAAUGUUUGCUCAACCCUUCCUAACUACAACUUUCCAGCAGCUUUUAAGAGAAACAUUGCCUUUCUCCACACUCAAAAGAGAGGAGGUGACCACAAGAGUUGCGAACUCCACUCCGAGGGAAGGAUUAUUGGGUCUAGUUAAAUUGUACUCUGUAGAUAGGUCAGCGAAGGUGUCUGAGUCACUAGGGUGUAAAUCUGGCUAUGUUGAAUUUGGUGGCACUUGUUCAAGCAUCUGUGACCUUGAUCCUAUCUACUGUGAAAACAGAGGACAGUGCGUUAUAGUGGAGAAUAUUGGAGCCAUGUGCAGGUGAGAUAGCUUAUAAUCCACUGUUCAUAAUGUUGAUUAAGGGAAGACACAGGUAAGUAGAUUGCUGGGGGUUAUUCACAAAAAUGGAAACUGUGGAGAAUUGACCUUGUCAAGUAUCCACAAAUCCCAGAUUAUGAAUAUCUAUGAGAAUGUAUGCUUAUUUACCAUUAUAAUAUCAAAUCCAACAUUUUGAGUUUUAUUAUAGAGAUACUGUUAUAGCUCUACAAUAUAAUGAUGCUGCAUUCAUAAGAUCAAGAUCAUUGCAAUGUUAAGUUCUGUUCAUGUGCACCCCCUUUCAACUGUAAUCACCCCCUCCCACAUGGUAGCCUGAUGGAACACUAUAAAACUAUAUUUGAGAAGCAAGCAACUACCUGAUGUAAUUUUAAAUUUAAAACAACAUAACACUAAUAUCCUCUUACCAUCUCCACCCUUUGAUCUGGGACUAAAGAGCCCAAAAUCUGGGGCUUCAAUCCCCAAAGCCUCCUCCCUCUAAUUCCCAUGGCUACAUACUGUAGCUAUGAGGGGUACCCCAUAAGCGCACAUUAACACCUUUUACAGGUACAUUCAAUUCCUGAACAGCAACAUUAAAACGGGGCUGUCUUAUUAGGAAAGCUGGGCUCUACCACUAAUGUGUCAACUCAACAUUCUCAACAGUUGCCUUUCUUUAAAAUUCAUUCUGUCUAAUCAAUACCUCCUGUAGCAAUAUCUAAACACACCUGUUUACCAGAUUUUCUCCAUUCUGUGUUAUCCUCCCUUUAGGUGUCUGAAUACAAACUACUUGUGCAAUAGGGGUGAAUGCUGCGUUCGGUCUCUUACCCCCAUCCAGAUACUGAGCAUCGCUGGAACUUGCUGUGUCCUCGUAUCAAUCAUAUUAGGAUUGUUUCUUGCCUUAAUCAGAAGAACAGAUGUCAAGAUUGUCCCUAAAUAUGGCCUUGACGGCAGUAGGUCAGAAACUUCUUCCCUCAAAGCCGAUAACAUUAGCACUAAUGCUCUCCCUUAUUCUUUCUCUGGACAAAUGAUGUCUAUUUUAAAAAAUCUUUUCCUCUGCCUUUGUUAGACUAAUGUCCUACAUUUGUUCUGAUGUUGUCGUAAAGCGGCACUGUCAUGCCGAACUUACCUUUUUUAAUCGAUUCCUCUUCUCUCCCUCUCUCAGGAUCUAUUCUUCAUUUCUUCUUGUCUGCUCUAGAUUUCUUUGAAACAUAAGACAAAGUAGGGACUAUUUGUCUUAUGGAGUUGUCCUACACCUGACCAUCUCUGACCAGCAUAGAAGCAAAGUGUUUCCUGUGGUCAGAGAAAUUUUCCCACAAUUCUCACCUUUCCUCCAUUUUCUCGCGAUGCCUCCUUUCCGUAUUCCUGAACGCCGGCAAAACUACAGAAUUUCACCCUAACAGAAUGAGAGCAGUUCGUCCAUUCGUGUUAGGACGAAAUUCUGGACUUUUUGUUCGGAUCGGAAUUUCAUUCGAAUGAAUGAAAUGCCGAUCUAUUUGUGCGCGGGUGCAUCUUGCAGCAACUUAGUAGAUAGCUCCCUAAUUCCCAUGAUAUUAGACAGCUAUCUACCAAAAGGCUGAAAGACCAAGAUUGUGGGUUUUUUAUUUGACCUUUUUGGGGGCUGAAAAAAGAAGGUUUUAGAAAAAAGAAGACAUCAAAUGGUAAGUAUUUUAUGGGGGGGUGACUAGGAGCUUGGGACCCUAGUCCCCUGGGGGAGGGUUUGACAUUUAGCCCCCACCCGCCGCUCAUGGGGAUGACAAUAGGUCCCAAUUUUCAUUUAGGGCCCUCACCCGCCGCUCGUGGGUGGGGGCCGGGGGACAAUAGAUCCCCCCCUCCCCAAUUUUAAUUUAGGUCUCCCACCUGCCGCUCAUGGUUAGGGGUUAAGGGGGCACUAUGUCCCCGUUUAUAUGCAUAGCACCAACUCACGGGGCAUGGGUGGGGGCUGGGGGGGGGACAGCUCCCUGUCGCUUCUAUUUUUACAUAUUACAAGGAGGAAGCUGCGCGCCGGUAGCUCCCUCCUUGUAAUAAAUUGAACAAACAAACACUGAUAUUCAGUGUUUGUUUGUACGUCAGAAAUUUCUUUUCAUUUAUUUGUCUUUCCAACGAAUGAAUAGACAAAAUCCCCGUAGCGAAUGCCCAAGUGUUUAACUGGGAAUGCGUGGGAAUUUCACAGCGCUAUCUAGGGUGGGCAGAUGACGUGUCCCACAGGGACUUCAUCUACCCACACAAAGAUGGAAGCGCCCAGGACAUAGGUCCGGGCAGAAAAUAAAGAUUUAAAAAUAGGUAAUGUGGAGGACUUAGGGGCAUUUGGGGGUGACUAGGUGGACAAUUAGAUGUAGUGGAGUCGGGAGGUGGGGUUAAAAAACAAACAAACUGGAUUCGGCCAUGACAGUGCCGCUUUAACCCUUUAUCUCAAUUAAAUUUUAAAAUACAUGUAUCAAGUUAUUUGAAAAUGCUUUGGCCUUGAAAAGGUACAAUCUCCAGAAAACAUUGUUCAAAAUAUUAGUUAUAAUGAGAUACAACAAUAAUCUGUUCAUUUGCACAUAUAUAUAGUUUGCACAUAAAAAAAAAACUGAGAGCUGGACAUUUUGAGAAACUGAGCUUUGUAUUUAAUCUUUAGAGCAGCUUCACAGACAGUGUUCUGCUAAAAACGUUAAGAAUGUUAAAGGACCACUCUAGGCACCCAGACCACUUCAGCUUAAUGAAGUGGUCUGGGUGCCAGGUCCCUCUAGGAUUAACCCAUUUUUUUUAUAAAAAUAGCAGUUUCAGAGAAACUGCUAUGUUUAUAAAUGGGUUAAUCCAUCCUCCAAAUCCUCUAGCGGCUGUCUCAUUGACAGCUGCUAGAGGCGCUUGCGUGAUUCUCACUGUGAAAAUCACAGUGAGAACACGCAAGCGUCCAUGGGAAAGCAUUAUGAAUGCUUUCUAAUGAGACCAGCUGAAUGCGCACGCAGCUCUUGCCGCGCGUGCGCAUUCAGCCGAAGGGGAGGAGAGGAGGAGGAGAGCUCCCCGCCCAGCGCUGGAAAAAGGUAAGUUUUAACCCCUUUCCUCUCCCCAGAGCCGGGCGGGAGGGGGACCCUGAGGGUGGGGGCAACUUCAGGGCACUAUAGUGCCAGGUAAACGAGCAUGUUUUCCUGGCACUAUAGUGGUCCUUUAACGCUAAUAAUGUCAAUUGUGUCACCCAGCAUAAAAUCCACUCACUUAUGAACCCCGAUACUAACCUAGAACAUGUGUUCUUCACUAUCUGACCAUUGAAUUUACAAGAUCUCAGUGUGACUUUAAGGAUUGUACCAAGGCUUUAACCAUGAUUUUAUUACAUUUUAUUCAAAAUUUAAAAAAAAUGAGAGGUAUAGUGGGAGAUUUAUCAAAGUUGUAUGUUCUAAAGAAGUGCUCUAAAGUACUAAAAGUGGGGCAAUCACUAUGGAAAGCAGUGGAGCCAGCAGCAUAUUCCAUUGGUGAUUUUUCCUCUUUUAUACGCUUAGCACCAUAAGAACAGAACACUUUCCUAAAUCGCCAGCGUAGAGUUUUUCUUUUGACAGCGGUUGACUGAGCCUCUGGUGUCUCCUUCCUUCUAGCAGAUUUUGGAUUUCCACCUUGUUUCCUGAGUCCAGUGACUCUUCCUCGUCGAUUUCUGAUGCGUCUGACUUCACUUGGUCUUCUCACUGUGACUCUCUGCCAGACCUUUCAACUUUUGGUAACACAAAGACGGUGAGGAGCGUCCAGUAAUCAAUAUUUAUCGACAAUCUUCUCUUCCCCCUACUUACCAUACACUGGGCACACAUUCAGUACUCAGGGGGUUAAUAUAAUUCAUAAUAAAUAUUUGCAUGUAAAUUAAUGUGCUUAUUUGAUCCCCAAAACAAACACAUGGUGAUACUGUAUCAUCUUCUUGUUUCUAAAUCACUAGGGGGCAGUGUUGCCUCAUAUCACUUUCAUUCAGGGAUCUGUGUAGUUUGAGAGCCUCACCGUGCCAGUAACAUGUUUAAUAAUUCUAUUCCCUUUACAGGCGACCUGUGACUCCGGCCUCUGGACAUCUGAGAGCACUCGGUUAUAG